GUUGAGUGGACGGACGUGUGCUGCCAGUCUGUUGUCUACACAUUAAGUAUACGGAACGAGAUUAAGUAUACGUCGAAAAAUGCCAGCUCUUUCAAAGAUAUUGUCGCUGCGCGCUGUGGGCCAAGUGCGUCACUACAGCGCUGCAGCGCAGUCGCAGCUACGCGAUAUUCUUGGCCAGCAGCUGAGCGCCAUCAAGGAGGUGGGAACCUUUAAGGCGGAGCGCAUCAUCACAUCCUCGCAGAGCACACAGAUAACUGUGCAGGGCAGCGAGAAGCGCAUACUCAACUUCUGUGCCAACAACUAUCUUGGUUUAGCGAACAAUCCAGAGAUUGUUGCCUACAGUCAGCAGCUGCUGGAACGUUAUGGCGCUGGCUUGAGCUCGGUGCGUUUCAUUUGCGGCACCCAGGACAUACACAAGCAAUUGGAGCAGAAGAUUGCCCAGUUCCAUGGCCGUGAGGAUACCAUCUUGUAUGCCUCAUGCUUCGAUGCCAAUGCGGGCAUUUUUGAGGCCAUUCUCACGCCCGAGGAUGCUGUGUUCUCGGAUGAAUUGAAUCAUGCCUCCAUCAUUGAUGGCAUUCGUUUGUGCAAGGCGAAAAAGCAGCGCUACAAGCAUCGCGAUCUUGCCGAUUUGGAGCAGCAGCUGCGUUCCAGCGAUGCUCGCUUGAAGCUCAUUGCCACCGAUGGUGUCUUUUCCAUGGAUGGCAACAUUGCGCCACUGGCUCGCAUUAUUGAGCUGGCCAAGAAAUACAACGCUCUCGUGUUUGUGGACGAGUGCCAUGCCACAGGUUUCUUUGGUGCCACGGGACGCGGCACAGAGGAAUACGAUCAGGUCAUGGGCGAGGUGGACAUUAUCAAUUCGACGCUGGGCAAAGCGCUGGGCGGUGCUUCAGGUGGUUAUACAACUGGCCCUGCUGAGCUCAUCUCUUUUCUGCGCCAGAAGUCGCGACCUUAUCUAUUCUCCAAUACGCUACCACCAGCUGUUGUUGGUGUGGGUCUCAAGGUGAUGGACAUGUUGCUCAGCUCCAGCGAGCUCAGCCAGCGUGUGCAGAGCAACACGCAACGCUUCCGCGAUGCAAUGACCAAGGCUGGCUUCACCAUUGCCGGCGAGAAUCAUCCCAUUUGUCCCGUCAUGCUGGGUGAUGCUCGCCUCGCCUCCAACUUUGCCGAUCAAAUGCUCACUCGUGGCAUCUAUGUAAUUGGCUUCAGCUAUCCGGUGGUGCCCCAGGGCAAGGCUCGCAUCCGUGUGCAGAUCUCUGCUGCCCACACGGAGGAGGAAAUCGAUCGCGCUGUGCAGGCUUUCAUUGAGGUUGGUCGUGGCCUUAAAGUCAUCAAGUGAACAGUCGCAAAGGAAAAGCCCCGAAAGGCAUAAAGUAUUUUUCUGCUGCAUUUUCAAUUUAAAUCAAGCAAUCUGUUGGCAUUUAUUAAACGUAACUCUGGUUAAAUAAAACAUUCGUACUCUAGGUAGCUCACUUAGAAGCUGGGAAUGCUGUGAAGCAUGACAAGAAUAUGCUGUGGGCAAAGCAAUGUAAAUAGAAGUGAAAUGG